GUUGCAGCACGUGGUCUGUUUCUUCGGUAGCUUCGUAGCUUCCAUGUAGUCGCUGUGUAAACGUUGAAGUUCUAUCAUGAGUAGUUCAAAGAAAUUUAAGAAAGAGCUCAUUGGUAACGAAGACAGGCCCGGGAAUUUCAAGCGACUGAAAGGAUCUUCGCAAUGUGUAGAUAUAAAUAAGGAGCUUCACGCGGUGCAGACGAAGUCUGCUCUCACGAAAGCAUUUUCUGACAAGGUUCCAUGCUAUAUUGAAAACGUUGCCGAACUAAUCUGCAAGCCCUUCACUUUAUGUUCACUGCACAAUUUUCUGAGUAGUACCGAUGCAAUAGAGGGUCUGAAAAACGAGCUGUUUGACAUAGACCUGCACCCAAAGAAUAAUGACCUGUACAAGUUCCACCAGUCAGGUGAUCUGAAGGAGUAUGACACUCCGUACAUACAAGCCUUCAGACAGUGUCUUACAACCCAACUGCAUCCCUGGCUCAAAGAGGUGACAGGUAUCCCACUGGACGGGACAAUCAGUUUGACGUGCUCCAAAUACACUCAUACUGAUACAUUACUGUGCCACGACGACGAACUCGAAGGACGACGUAUCGCGUUCAUCUUGUACCUUGUUCCCAACUGGGAGAAAGCAGACGGCGGGACUUUAGAUCUCUUCGACACCGAUUCCGACGGACAACCUCGGGACGUCGUCACGUCGCUCGUCCCUCGAUCCAACACCAUCGUCUUCUUCGAAGUGACUCCCGUCUCGUUCCACCAAGUAGCGGAGGUACUGAGCGAAGAUAAAGUCCGUCUCUCCGUCGGCGGAUGGUUCCACGGUCCGCCAGUGGAACGUCCCGAACCUUACGUCGAGCCUCUUCCGUUGAUGUACGGACACUGUGCUAUCGAGGAAGAGGUUUUUCGGUCGUGGAUUAAUCCGACUUAUCUAAUCGACGAAAUUGGCGAGCAGAUCCGAACGAGGUUCAAGAACGAGUCCGAGAUUCAUCUAGAGGACUUUCUGCAGGAGGAAAGGUGUAAGGCCGUGGAAGCAGCACUUAGAGCUUCGGAUAUGAAGUGGAGAAAGAGAGGUCCGCCGAAUCGUAGGAACAUAUUCGAAUCAGACGGCGAGCUCCCACCCAUCGUGGACGAAUGCCUCCGCGUCUUCCGUUCCGAGGCCAUGUUUCUCAUCCUCUCCAGUCUGACCGGCCUGAAACUCCACGAGCUGGCGACGUUCGGCAACUCGGACAGCGACGCGGAAGACAGCAACGAUGCCGGGAGCGGCGGUGACGGGCCUCGAUGCCGCUACAGCCUCCGCAGGUGGAGCCACGGAAAUUACACCUUGGCGCACGACGACGACAAAGACAUGGAAGAGAGCGCGCUCGACGCCGUCCUUUACUUCAACUGCGGAGACUGGAAGCAAGAGUACGGCGGAUUCACGACGUACAUUACUAGGGACGAGGAUGAAGAGUUGCUGACGGUGGGGCCGGCGUCCAAUUCGCUGGCACUGGUGUACCGGGACCAGGGUAUUCUUCGCUUCGUGAAGCACAUCAACGACGAAGUGUCGAGGCUGCCAAAAGACUCACAGUGCUUCCACGACCUCUUUCUCGUCUACUAUGAAUGACAAGUUGCGCAUCUGCUAUCGUUACCAGCAAGGGAUAUUGCGAAGACAGACUUCUAUCGCAAAAAUAUUCAUAUUUGCCUAUAAGUUGAAAAAUUGCCCGCCCAUACAGAAGUUUGUAAAUGUGUAAAGAAACGACGAUAUAUAUAUAUGUAGCGGUUGUACGACCCUAUAUAAAAUACUGGUUCGACGGCGCA